AUGUUCUCAUUGAAUUCUAUAAAUACCCAAAACCAGAUAUUUAUUAGUUUUAGUCAGCUGUCGUCUCGAUAUUCAUGUAUAUUCAAGCAAAAAAAACAUAGUAAUAGUAAAAAUAAAAAUGUGAAGGCCACGGAAGCUUCUGCGGGGUCAAACAAUGUAUCGCUAUGCCCAGAGAGUUUAAACGAAACUUUAAAUAAUUUUGACAAGAAUGUGUUAGUAGAGAUGCGUAACACUAAUUUAAGAUCCCUAAGGGGAUUUGCCGCUCCUUGCAAGAGUCCACUUAGAAAUUCAGUACUCCUCAGCUCUACAAAAAAGGUUCGCAAUUUUAAAACCGAGCGCAGCAUUACUGCAGACUUAAAAAGGAACCCUAACCUCAUCAAUAGACUCCGUAAGUUGUUCGGCCUGAAUGUUGGUGAUGAUAAGCAACAACAAACUAACCUUGGUCCUGAGGUUGCGCCAAGGCUUGAGAAACUUCUAAAUGAGAACACGCUACUUACAAACCAGCAAAAGGACAAAAUUAAGAUUGCAUUUGCUGAAGGCUUUCUCGCAGGGUCACUUCCAGAAAAUGCUCGCACUUCAAAAGGCUCCAAAUACCUGAAGCUGGUGCAACAGCUGCUGACUAUUGUGCUUUUCAUAGCCAUCUUCGUCAGUCUCAUGGCAUCCGUCAGUGGCACAGUCUUCCGGAUCCAGCUCGGUAACCAGGUGGAAGUAGACCCCGAGGACAUUUCGGUGACUUUUGACGACGUCAAAGGCGCCGACGAAGCCAAACAGGAACUUAAGGAUGUGGUUGAGUUCCUCAAGUCGCCGGAGAAGUUCUCGUCUCUGGGAGGGAAGCUGCCCAAAGGGGUGCUGCUUGUGGGGCCACCGGGCACAGGGAAGACGCUGCUGGCUCGCGCCGUGGCCGGUGAGGCGAGGGUGCCCUUCUUCCAUGCGGCUGGACCCGAGUUCGACGAGAUCCUCGUCGGCCAGGGCGCCAGGCGGGUCCGCGACCUCUUCAAGGCAGCCAAAGAGCGAGCUCCUUGCGUGAUCUUCAUUGAUGAGAUUGACUCGGUUGGUGCUAAACGAACAAACAGCGUAUUACAUCCAUACGCAAACCAAACAAUCAAUCAGCUGUUAUCGGAGAUGGAUGGAUUCCAUCAAAAUGAGGGUGUGAUCGUGCUUGGAGCGACGAAUCGCAGGGAUGACUUGGAUCAGGCGUUGUUGAGGCCUGGACGGUUUGAUGUUGAGGUGUCGGUGCCGACGCCGGACUACGACGGGCGCGUGGAGAUCCUGCGCCUGUACGUGGCCAGGGUGGCGGCGCACGGCGACGUGGACGUGGAGGCGCUGGCGCGCGGCACCACCGGCUUCACGGGCGCCGACCUGGAGAGCAUGGUGAACCAGGCGGCGCUCAAGGCGGCGGUGGACGGCGCGCCCUCCGUGGCCAUGGCGCACCUGGAGGAGGCGCGCGACAAGCUGCUCAUGGGGCCGGCGCGCCGGGCGCGGCUGCCCGACGACGAGGCCAACGCCAUCACGGCCUGCCACGAGGGCGGCCACGCCGUCGUGGCCUUCUACACCAGAGACGCCCACCCGCUGCACAAGGUCACCAUCAUCCCGCGCGGGCCCUCGCUCGGACACACCGCCUACAUACCCGCCAAGGAGAGAUAUCACGUGACGAAGCAGCAACUCCUCGCCACGAUGGACACCAUGAUGGGGGGCCGCGCCGCCGAGGAGCUGGUCUUCGGCCCUGAGAAGAUCACGUCCGGUGCGUCUUCCGACCUGAAGCAGGCCACGGCGAUCGCCAGCCACAUGGUGCGCGAGUGGGGCAUGAGCGAGAAGGUGGGGCUGCGCAGCAUGGAGGCGCCGCGCGGGGCGCUGGCCCCCGCGGAGCCCCUCGGCCCCUACACCAACGAGCUGGUGGACGGCGAGAUUAAGAAGAUCCUAUCGGAGAGCUACGAGCGCGCGAAGGCCAUCCUGCGCAACCACGCCAAGGAGCACAAGGCGCUCUCCGACGCGCUGCUCAAGUACGAGACGCUGGACGCGGACGACAUCAAGGCGAUAAUGGGGGGCGAGAAGCUGAAGCGGGAGCGGCAGAGCAGGGCCAAGGAGCCGUCCGCCGCCGCCCAGCCGCAGCAGCCCUCGCAGCCGCAGCAGCCCGCCACGCUGCUGGGGGCGCAGCCCGGGGCGGCGCCCGCGCCCGCC